UCAUUUGAGUUAGGUUAGGUUCAGUAAUUUUGUAACAAGAAUUAAAAACAAAUAUCUACCUGCUACAGCCCUUAUUUUUUUCUGAGGAUGGAGGAAAUUGACGAAGAAGUAGAGAAAUUUAUUGACAAAUUAGACUUAGAACAUAAGAAACUAGAGGAAACCAUUUCAAGACAGGAAAAUGUGAAAAGAAAUUUAGUUUUUGUAAAACUUGCAGGUACUUUUAAGGAAAGAAAUGAUACAUAUUAUGUGGCUGUAGCAAUUUCCAAAGAUCCAAAAGAAGUUGAAAAAAUAGCAGGUUUUAGUUGUCCCAAAAAAUCCCACAACUGUGCAUUCCUCAUAGUCGUUUUAAUUUUACCGAAAGUUCUGCAGUCAUUAUUUAAGGAAAAUGAAUUCAAAAUAGUCAUAAGUGUUCAGUAUGAUAAAAAACGAUUGUGUAGAACAGUUGAAGUGGAUGUCAAUAAUGUAGUAGUAAUUCCUUCUACUGAAUUUCCAAUCAACUCUGAAUUAGAUAUCGCAUUUUUUGGAAACAUUAGUGGAAAAAAUGUUGUGUACAGAAUUCCAAAAAUGUUACUAAAUAUCUUAUAUUUUAUAAGACCUGUCGAGAAUGUACACGAAAAGAGCAAAAACAGAAGUUCUGAGCAUGAAACUACAUAUACAGAAAGUUUAGUACAAAUUAGUAAACAGUAUUGCGUUCAUAAAAGAAGUUACUUCGAAAACUAUAACCUUAAACGCACAAUGAUUGUUAAUGAUAAUUUUAGUUUCUCAGAUGUUGUGGGUAAAUUAUUUCCACAAAACCUGAUUAAGGCAUUAUUUGAAAAUGGGAAUAGAGUGGAAUGGUUAAUCUUGAGAGGAAGUAGUCAGCCUUGUACAGUUAAGUUAGUGAAAAAGGAUCGUUUCAUUAAAAUCGAAGGGGAUGCAGAAAGUCUUUGGGAGUUUGAGAAAAUUUUUGCCAAGGAGAAUUUAAAUAACAAUGAAUUAGAGAUAUUAGCAAUUAGAGAAUUUGCAAGGAACUCUUCAAAAGUCAAUAGGAGCAAUAUAAUUGAGUUUUACAACACUUUGCGAGGAAUAUGGGAUUUAAAAGUGCAGGAUGAUAGCUAGGUUUUAAAUUACGCAACAACAAAAUUUUUUAUGUACUCAAUGAAGGACCAUUACAUUGUAUCAUUUUCAAUUCAUGAAAAUUUUUUAUUAUUUCAGAAUAAUAAGUUUCCAUU